UGUGAUCAAGUCGGACACAUUUGACGCCGCACCACCAAUGUCAAAGCCUGCAAACUUCACAUUGGCUUCACUGACCUCAGGAUUUGUUAUUAUAUUCGUGUAACAGCUCUGUUAGGUCUACAAAGGGCUGUUAUAAGGGAUUAUACGGCUCACUCGUGUUCUGUUUGUGUAAUUUGCUGUCCCGUGUGUUUGUUGCGGACUCUCGCAGGCGAAUCUAACCGGACAAGAUGCGCCUCACGUUGCAAAUGUUGAUCUCCCACGGCCGGGUGGCCCGGAGGAUGGGUCUGGGUCCGAAGUCCCGAUUAGACAUGCUGCGGAAUAUUCUGACAGGACUAGUCCGACACGAGAGGAUAGAAACCACGACGGGCCGAGCAGAUGAAGUCCAAUUCUACGCCGAAAAGCUGAUUGAUUACGCCAAAAAGGGAGACACUGAUGAGAAGGCGAUGAAAAUGGCCAGUUUUUGGCUGACGGAAAAAGAUCUGGUCCCGAAGCUCUUCAAGGUCCUUGCUCCACGGUUUGAGCCUUACUCCCGAAAUUACACGCGGAUGGCACGCAUCCCAAACAGAAAUAACCUGGACAGGGCAAAGAUGGCCGUCCUGGAAUACAAAGGCAACCCCUUCCCGCCUCUCUAUCCUGUGCAAAAAAAGAAUGAACUGACACUCAUCAACCAGCUGCUCAAAGCCUACAGAGAAGACAUGGCAAAACAGUCAGCUGCAGAAGCUUAAUUAAAACCUUGCUGGUGUUGGCUCAGUGAUAGUGGAAGCUGAAGGAUGAUGGUGGCGUGCUGAAAUGCUUCUGAAGAGCCCUUUGCAGAUGCUGCAGAUUGUGGCUUAAAGACACUUAAUUUGUUCAUCAAAAAAAAGCUCCAGUGUGACGUGAGGCAAAGCCAAGACUGUGUCUGUAAAAGGACAAUUAUGAAUGAUUAUGUAUUAAUAAAUACAGAAGCAAGAAA